AUGAACAUCUUCUUUUCAAUAGCUCCCGACCCUAACCGCAACUAUGACACUAAAUUCGAACAGCUCAAUGGUAAGCCAAACGACUGGAGGCUAAUAAUUGCCUAUCAACGGGCUAACAGCUCGACUACUCUUCCAGAACAGAACAAGAGCCAAAUCUGUCACACAUACUUCUAUCUGAUUCUUGAUUUAUUUAGAUAUGCGCCGUAUGGAAUAGAGGAGAUUCUUAAGUAUCUUGUUCCACGGCUACAAGUGAUCCCCAUCAGUGCGCGGAAGCUAUGCGCUACGCUUCGUCAAAGCUCCAUGGAGGAAGACGCUUCCAUCAUUUCUGCUCACACGAUGGCGCUGUUUUCGUUUUACUGUCUCAUGAUGCCCUUCUCCAUCUAUGCCUAUACGAAGCAUCUGCUAUCUCAGGCAGCCAAAGGCAACGCGCUAGCCAUCGAGUUUCCUUUCUACGAUAAGCUUUUCAUUGAACUUCUAAAACACGCAUCAGGUGAGGCAAGCAGCUUUGGCUGGGAAUUUCAUCUGCUCUGCUACUUCACAAAUGCUGUUGUGCCUUCUAAAAAGUGCAAAAGAAGGACUCUUGUAGGGGCAGAAAUUCAGCAGAUGUAUACUGCAGUAGAGCAGAUGAUCAAAGAUAACAAUUUAGAGCAAUGCCUGUCCUUCAUCCAGGACAAUUUGCUUACGUCCAAUAACUUUCCAGAGGUGCAGCAAACGCUGACAUGGAAUGACUAUGUACGGCAUUUAUUUGCUUCUUCCGCGUGCCUAAUCUUAGGGCUACUCCGGUAUAGAAUUCUAGAAAAAGUAUUUCAGGUCCCAAAAGACAAUGGAUCUGUACCCUUGACUGAUCUGGCUGACGCCCUUUUUAUCAAAAGCAGAUACCACGCUAGACUUGUAUACCUGCUGAGGUCCAUGGAGGAAAUUUUAGAGACACAUAAGAAGUCCGUGAAGUUCAUCUCAAAGUUUAAUGAAACGUGGCACGUGCACAAGGCAAUUGUUGAAAGGUGUUCGAAGGAUGAAAAUGCAAAGAAGAAGUUGUCAUUUCUCCUUAUAGCAGUAGAUUUGUGUGACAACUAUGCCUCCGUCCUUCCUGGGGCUGACUGGGGCGCAAAUGGUGCAGAGCGGGAAUUAAUUACCACAUGUAUUGAGGUCCUCUUUCAAAGGAGCUCUCCCUGGCAGAUUUUGUACCCUUAUGCAUCUUGUCAACUACCUCGAAACGUGUCAUGGAAGCCGGUCUUACCCCAGGAAGUGAGUCUUACUGGACCAUCAAACCCAUCUCAAAAUACCAAUGUGCAGUCUGCGAUUCUCACAGAUUCAACUAAACCGAAUACACUACCUCUCUCACCUCUUGCUCAGGCUGGUUCUCAGCCACCCAAAGCAUCUCCUACUGCCUUCAAGACCCCAAAGACUGUCACUCAGCUUAUGCCUGCUUCACAAGAAGGGCCCUCAUCACCGCCUUCGGCGCCUUCGAGUCCUACCACAUCGGACUUAGACUAUGAACAGACAUCCCUGAAUCUACUUGGCGAUACAGACUCUCAGUCGGACAUAGAUUGGUCUCGGUACACAAUCAAGGACACAACAGCUCCUCAUUUUAAGUUCAAGGGUCAGCGGAUUUACAAGCGGCAGUCUCUUAUUGCGUGCGCAGCUAAUCAGCAUAUUAUUUCACGGUAUGCACAUGCCUACUAUGAUGCGGGCUUUUUGCUAGUUAACCAUCUUCUUCAACGGCGAGCAUUCAGGGCAUGGUCUGAGGCGCUGGCUGCUAGAGACUGCAACAGAUUAGUUGCAAAAUUUGCGCAGGAAAUCUUUGAGACGGGACAAUUUUAUACGGACAAGUGGACUAGACAUAAGAAUCUGCUUGAUCUUCGCCUCAAUCAAUUUAUUCAACACCUCGCCUUUUGUUGUUGGAUAGAUUGUUAUCAAGAUAGGCUGAGGCUUAAAGAAGCAGAUCGACGUAGCUCUUACGAGCGAAGGAUACAAACAUGGUAG